AACACUAGAGCACUAAUCUUCUUUACAAUCUACCCAAAUGUAUCUCCGCUUAACCCCAUAUCACAAAAAUCUCCGGGAUAAUCUCAUUCCCUUUCUAUAAUUGCCUGCAGUAGAGUUCUUACAUUUGGGGAAUACAAAUACAAACACAAAAAAUACCCAACAAGAAGAAGGAGAGAUAGAGAGGUGUAGACAAAUUGGCCUUUGAGGGUUUGGCUUGCUUUCCUUUUUUUUUUUUUUUUUGGCUCUAAGUUUCUCCCACUUAGAUUACAUAUCUGAUUUUCUCCGACCCUCUUUUUCUUCUUCUUCCUCUUUAUCUCUCUCCAAUCCAUACCUCUUAAUACAUACAUAACUAUAUCAUCAUCAUAGUGUAUAAAUUUUGUGUCUUGGAUAGUAUUAGAGCUAAAAACUUAAGCUUUGUUUGAAUGCAAAUUCUCUUAAUUUGGGUAAUACAUUUAAUGCCUAGUAUGGAAGUAAAAGGGUUUAUUACCGUAACACCCACAAAGCCAAAUCAGUAAGGUUUGUGAAAAACCUUAUAACUUUGCCCAUUAUCUUGCAUUUAAGAUUGGAGAUUUGGUGAUAUCUGGGUUUUGAUCAUUUUGGUAAUAGCUGAAUCUUGAAUUGUGCUGUGGUGUGACUAUAUGUUGGUGGUUUGGUUUCUGCUUAGGGCAUAUUGAGGUUAACAAAGAGACAUCCUUUGCUGGUUUUGGGUCUCAGAAUUCUUGGCUUGUUUGGGGUUUGGCCAAUCUUACUGUAUUUGAGCACCUGAGUAGUUGCUGGUGAAGCUAUCACCUUCUGGUUUUCCUAGGGUUUGUUGUGUGAAAAGCAUUUGUUCCUCGCUCAUUUGUCAGUUUCUUAUGAUUGUCUGUUUCUCAGCAAGUAUUUGAAAGUUGCCUUUGUCUGCUUUGAUCAGUGGUGUAAGAACUCCGGUUUUGUGAAAUAAUUUGUGUGAGAGACAGAAUUUAGAUAUGAAUAGGAGGGUUCGGAGGAAAUUGGCAAGGAGGGGACAGGAGAAGAUUGAUUUCCCUGAGCUUGGUGAGUGUUUGACUUUGGAUGAGAGAGGGAUAGUUGAUUGGACUAGGUUGCCGGAUGAUACAGUACUCCAGCUAUUUUCAUGUCUGAAUUAUCGUGAUCGAGCGAGCUUGUCAUCCACCUGCCGCACUUGGAGAACUUUAGGUGUAUCACCAUCCUUAUGGCAGGUUUUAGAUCUUCGUCCCCACAAGUGUGAUUCUGAUGCUGCUGUUGCUCUUGCUCCUAGGUGUAGGAAUCUUAAGAAACUUAGAUUUCGUGGCGCUGAAUCUGCAGAUGCGAUUAUACAGCUUCAGGCUAAGAGUUUAUGUGAGAUUAGUGGCGAUUACUGCCGCAAGAUCACAGAUGCUACAUUGUCUGUAAUUGCUGCUCGACAUGAGUCACUUGAAAGUUUGCAACUUGGCCCUGAUUUUUGUGAAAGGAUUAGCAGUGAUGCAAUAAAAGCAAUAGCCAUUUGCUGUCCCCAACUCCGGAGACUUAGACUUUCUGGAAUUCGUGAAGUUGAUGGAGAUGCCAUCAAUGCAUUGGCUAGGCAUUGUCGGAAUCUAAUGGACAUUGGUCUCAUUGAUUGUCUCAAUGUUGAUGAGUUGGCAUUAGGAAACGUUUUGUCCCUUCGCUUCCUGUCGGUGGCUGGCACAACUAAUAUGAAAUGGUCUUUGGCUUUACAGAAUUGGAGUAAACUGCCUAACCUGAUGGGCUUAGAUGUUUCCAGAACAGAUAUAAUUCCUAAUGCCGUUUUAAGAUUGUUUUCAUCCUCACCAUCCUUGAAGAUCUUGUGUGCCUUAUAUUGCCCAGCCCUCGAGCAAGAUGCCAGCUUUGUUUCCAAUAACAAUCAUAAAGGUAAACUACUACUUUCUUUUUUCACUGACAUUUUUAAAGAAGUAGCAUCACUAUUUGCCGAUACUACAAAUAAAGAGAGGAAUGUAUUUAUGGAGUGGAGAAAUUUAAAGACCAAGGAUAGAAAAAUGGAUGAUGUAAUGAAUUGGCUGGAAUGGAUCCUUUCCCAUUCACUUCUGCGAAUUGCUGAAAGCAAUCCACAAGGGUUGGACAAUUUUUGGCUUAGCCAGGGUGCAUAUCUGUUACUUAGUUUAAUGCGGAGCGCUCAAGAGGAAGUUCAAGAAAGGGCAGCCACUGGCCUGGCAACUUUUGUUGUCAUUGAUGAUGAAAAUGCUAGUAUUCACAGUGGAAGGGCUGAAGCAGUUAUGCGAGAUGGAGGCAUAGGUCUCCUGCUAAACCUUGCAAGAUCUUGGCGGGAAGGGCUUCAGACAGAAGCUGCAAAGGCUAUAGCAAAUUUAUCGGUGAACGCCAAUGUUGCAAAAGCUGUAGCAGAGGAAGGUGGGAUAAGCAUCCUAGCAAAUUUAGCAAGGUCUAUGAAUAGGUUGGUUGCAGAAGAGGCCGCUGGAGGGCUGUGGAAUCUCUCAGUUGGGGAAGAGCAUAAGGCCGCCAUUGCUGAAGCUGGUGGUGUAAAAGCUCUGGUAGAUCUUAUCUUUAAGUGGUCUGUCACUGGUGGUGAGGGAGUUCUGGAACGUGCUGCUGGUGCAUUAGCAAAUUUGGCGGCAGAUGACAAAUGUAGCAUGGAAGUAGCGACAGUAGGUGGUGUACAUGCUUUAGUAAAGCUUGCUCAGAACUGCAAGUCUGAAGGAGUUCAAGAGCAGGCUGCCCGUGCACUCGCAAAUCUUGCUGCUCAUGGUGAUAGCAACAGUAACAAUGCAGCAGUGGGACAAGAGGCAGGAGCUCUUGAAGCACUUGUGCAACUUACUCGUUCUCCUCAUGAUGGAGUCAGGCAAGAAGCUGCUGGAGCGUUAUGGAAUCUAUCAUUUGAUGACAGAAAUCGUGAAGCAAUUGCGGCAGCUGGUGGUGUUGAGGCUUUGGUUGCUCUUGCACAUUCGUGCGCAAAUGCUUCUCCUGGUCUGCAGGAGAGGGCUGCUGGUGCUUUGUGGGGAUUGUCUGUGUCAGAAGCAAACAGUAUUGCCAUUGGACGAGAAGGAGGUGUGGCGCCACUUAUAGCACUUGCACGAUCUGAUGCUGAGGAUGUCCAUGAGACUGCAGCUGGGGCCCUCUGGAAUCUUGCUUUCAACCCUGGUAAUGCUUUCCGUAUAGUGGAGGAAGGAGGGGUUCCUGCCCUCGUUCAUCUCUGUUCGUCAUCUGUCUCAAAAAUGGCACGCUUUAUGGCUGCAUUGGCGUUGUCUUAUAUGUUUGAUGGAAGAAUGGAUGAAGUUGCACUUGUGGGAACUUCUUCAGAUAGCACCUCUAAGAGUGUAAACUUAGAUGGGGCUCGAAGAAUGGCUUUAAAGAACAUUGAAGCUUUCAUCCUUGCAUUUUCUGAUCCACAAGCAUUUUCUGCUGCUGCUGCAUCAUCCGCCCCUGCACCAUUAACUCAAGUUACAGAAUCAGCUCGUAUUCAUGAAGCAGGUCAUCUAAGGUGCAGUGGAGCUGAGAUUGGAAGAUUUGUUACGAUGUUACGAAAUUCUUCUUCUAUUCUCAAAGCAUGUGCUGCGUUUGCCCUUCUUCAGUUCACAAUCCCAGGUGGUCGACAUGCACAACAUCACGUCCGCUUAUUGCAGAAUACCGGAGCAUCAAGGAUUUUGCGUGCUGCUGCAGCAGCAGCCAGUGCCCCUAUCGAAGCCAAAAUCUUUGCACGGAUUGUACUUCGGAACUUGGAGCACCAUCAUAUAGAAUCCUCAAACUAAGGCCUGGCGAAGACUACUAUGAUCCUAGGCUUGUGCAUUGCGGCCAUUGCCAUUGGCACCUUACUCAGCAGUAGUGGUAGGUAUACUCCUCUCGGUGCCAUUGGCACUAAGCUUCCAGUUUGUGUUAGCGUUCUGAAACUAAUGGUGCUGGCUUUUGGGAAGAGGCAAAGGCUUCUUAUUUUUCUACCCAAAUGUCUGCCUUCUUCUGAGUUUCUUCUAGUUUUAUUUCUUGGGUACAUAGGGUGUGUGAUUUUUUUUCCUUUUUAUUAGUUAUUUUCGUCAUUAUUUGUGUCUGUUUGAGCUUAGGCUUGAUAGAUCUAUUGGCAGGCGUUAGUUUUGAAGUCCCGUUGAUUUUUCAGUUUUUGUAUUUUAAUUUACCCUGGCAGUUUGUUCAAUACCUGUACAUUAUAGAUUUGCAGAGACAUUAGCAUGCUGACUAUUUCUGUACAAACACUCCAAAGAAUUUCUAUGAUAUAGUAGCUGUGUUUUAAGGUGGUUUGGAUGAUGAA